AUGUCAGACUCCGAAGAUGAUUUCAUGUCAGACAAGUUCUUACUGAAUUUGCCGUCUUCUUCGUCGUCUUCAAAUAAGAAAUCAUAUAGUGAAUCGCGCAAUUCCCAACAAUUGAAGUCGAUGAGAAAGGGACAAUCUAAAAAUCAAGUUCCACUUAAACAGUUGGAAGAAGAAAGGAGACGAGAAGGAUUAUCUAAAAGUCUGUUUGAACAACCUGAUGCUGUUGCCAGUGGAAGUGGUGGUGGUGUAGCUAUGGGAUUAAUGAAGAAAAUGGGCUGGAACGUGGGUGAAUCUUUAGGUAAAAAAAGAUCAUCUCCUCCUCCACAUUCUUCUGCAUCGCAAUUUAAUGCCAAACCACAAGAGAAAGGUAUGAAGAAUAACGCCAAGAGACCGAAAUUUCUUCCGGGAGACGAGGAAGAAGAAGAGGAAGAUGAGGACAGACCGAAAAGAGGGAUCGCAAAUGGGAUUGGGUCAAGCUCCAGGAUUGAACCUAUCAGAAUAUCGAUGUGGUCAGGUAGAAGAGGUCUGACAGCAAGGUCACCCUCUCCUCCACCAUUACCUAAAGCUACCUCUGGGAGAGAUCCAGAUGCUUUGGAUGAGAAAAAGUUGGAAAGAUUAGGUAAACAAACUGAAGGUUUUAGAGAUAGGCAGAGAGCAGAAUACACAGAAAGGGAAAGAGAGAGAAAAGGUAGAGCUGCAAGAGAGAAAUUGGUGGAAUAUGAUAAAGAGAAAGGCAUAAAGUUUCACCCGCUUCACAUUGUGCCUUUUUCACCACUCACCACCUUGCCGAAACCUUUACUCAAGAUAGUCUAUCCCGCACAAGCAUAUUCACCUUCUCCUGAACCUGAAUCCUCCACCGCUGUUGAGGGGUUUGAAAGGGAAAGUAAUUUAAGUGCAGCUGAGAAACUACGAGAACAAAUGAGAAAAGAUAUGCUAUCUACUCUAGCGGGAGAUGAAGAGGACAAUGAUGAAGGGGUGAUAAGGUUUGGUCUAGCUCAAGAAGAUGAAAGUCUGGCCGAGGCGAAGAAGCUAGAUAAGCAGAAGGAUGAUGAGUACCGAGGGGUGAAUUGGCAAGAGCAUGUACAGGGCGCGAAGAGAGUUCUUUCAAUGGAUCCCGCAACUUAUUUGCAGUUCGUGGUAGAUCAGCUUCGACACGAAUAUCUGUUCUGCUUCUGGUGUGCCUACAAGUAUGCAACGUACGGAGAGAUGGAGGGUCCUGGAGGUUGCCCCGGAGAAGACGAAGAUGACCACUAG